AUGGAAGGUUCGCUGGGUCUGGAGGAGGAGCUGGUGGCGGCCGCGGCCCAGGCCGAAGAGCGAGACGUGCGGCCGGGCCCCUGUUCCGUGAGUCUGGACGACAGUCUGACCAGCUUGCAGUGGCUGCAGGACUUCUCCAUCCUGGGGGGCAGCGUCCCCCACAACCUGCUGGGCCCGCGGCGGCCCGGCUCGGAUGCGCCGGCCUCCCCGCUGGCCGCCGACCCCGCCUCCAUGGGGGCGCCGCUGACACCCGGGAAGCCCACGGCAGCGUCCUACACCCGCAUGCAGCCGCUGCCCGCCAUCGUGGCCCGCGGGCACUGUCUGGACGAGGUGGACUACAAGACGGACGCGCGCAUCAAGCCGCCGUACUCGUAUGCGCACCUCAUCUGCAUGGCCAUGCACGCCAGUCCCGCCAGCAAGAUGACUUUGGCUGGGAUCUACAAGUGGAUCACGGACAACUUCUGCUACUUCCGCCACGCCGAGCCCACCUGGCAGAAUUCCAUCCGACACAACCUGUCGCUCAACAAGUGCUUCAUCAAAGUCCCGCGUGGGAAGGACGAGCCGGGGAAGGGUGGCUUCUGGAAAAUCGACCCGCAGUACGCCGAGCGCCUGCUGAGCGGCGCCUACAAGAAGCGGCGCAUGCCGCCGGUCCGCAUCAACCCGGCACUGCAGAGCCGGCUGGGUCUUCAGCUGCCGCCAUCGUCUGCCGGCCCCCCCGCGGUCCCGGCCGAAUCCCAGCGCCUCCUGCGGGAGUUCGAGGACGCCACGGGCACGGACAGCGGCUGGGACCCUCACCUGGGUGAGGGUACCAUGCUGGGGUCCUGGCCCGCCGUCAAGAGGAAGUCGGCCCGCAGAAACGGCGCCGGCAAGCCACCCCUCCGCCGCUCCAGCUCGCCCCUGCUCCCCGCCGAGGACGAGAAGCAGAGCGGCGUCCUGAAGGGAGACUUCGACUGGGACGCCCUGCUGGACUCGGCGCUGAGCGGCCAGCUGGCCUUGGACCCCCUCAUGAAGGAGGAGGACCCGGCCGGCCGCGACGACGCCCAGAAGCGCAAACGGCUGUCCGACUUGGACGAGGAGACCUUCCUAAGCGCUGCCUUCCUGGAGAGCGCCUGGCCUGAGGAGGCGGAGCCAGAUCGUACGGACUUCCUGUGUCACUCAGCCGUCAACCUGGAGCAGCUCUUUGAUCUCGCCGACCCUUUGAGCGCCGACCCCCGCGCCGACCCCCUCCUAUGACUGACUUCCCUGUUCACCGGGGGGUGAAAGACUCCGCCCCACAUUUUGUCCCGACGGCGGCCGUCGAGCGGCACGCCGACCACAAACGGGGACCGAUCAUGUGACAUCAAAGACUUUUAUGACUGAUGUUGAUUGACACCUCUGUGAUGAUGUCAUUAUGAUGAUUGUUUUUAUUUUCACACAAUAAAAUACCAAUAAAAUGUC